AUGGUGGACGUCGAGCUGACCUGCUGGCUCUUCAAAGAUGUUGAAGAAAAUUCUAAAGAAUUCACCAUUGUUGUCCAUACCACCGAUUAUAUUGAUGAUCUCAAAGAGAAAAUUUACGAAAAAGUCAAGAAGACAAAUAACGAUUUCCUUGAGAUUGAAGCUGAUGACUUAAGGUUGUGGAAGGUGGAAAUCGAUAAUAACAGUGAAGAAGAAUUUUCUAAUCUUGUCUUGAAUAACAAUAAAACGAAAAAUGUAACUAAGCUUCGAGAAAGGGUUGAAAAUUUUUGGGAUGAUGAAGAAAGGCGACCAAAAGAAGGAUGUACGCAUGUUAUCGUUGAUUCCUCGCUUCUAUCCAAAAAUAGAGAAUUAGUUAAAAUGAAUCAGAUCAAUCAGGAUAUAAUGGAUCAGCUGACACAAAGGACAGCAAAUUUGUCAUUCAAUCAAGAUCAUGAUGUUGAGAAAGAUACAGAAUUUUUUACUCAGCUUUCUGAUAUGCUAGAUGCAAUAAAGAAACGAUCACGAUUUUAUGGGAAUACGAAAUUACAGCUCACAUUUAGAGAUAAAAUUGUCCAUGAAGGUGAUGAAGUUAAAUACAGAACUAAUAAUGUCACCAAAGUCAUUACUACUUUAAGAGUAGCGGAAGGAUGGGCUUAUAUUAAUUACGAAAAAUCUUUUCAUCCCACUGUAACCUCCUUUUUGAAGAAAAAAUUGGACGUAAGUGAUACUUCUUGCUAUUAA